AUGACUACUUUGGGCAACCUUAUACCCUCGAGCACUGUGUUCUUUUGUUGCGAUAUGCAAGAGCGAUUCCGGCCUGCCAUCAAGUAUUUUGGGGAUAUCAUCAGUGUGGGCCAGCGGCUGCUCCAGGGUGCACGGCUCUUAGGAAUUCCUGUUAUUGUAACUGAACAGUAUCCGAAAGGUCUUGGCAGUACUGUGCAAGAAAUCGAUUUAACAGGAGCUAAACUUGUGCUUCCCAAAACAAAGUUUUCAAUGGUGUUGCCAGAAGUUGAAGCAGCCUUAGCAGAGAUCCCUGGAGUCCGCAGUAUUGUCCUGUUUGGAGUAGAAACUCAUGUGUGCAUCCAGCAAACAGCAUUGGAAUUAGUUGGCAGAGGUCUGGAAGUUCAUAUUGUAGCUGAUGCCACCUCGUCAAGAAGUAUGAUGGACAGAAUGUUUGCUCUUGAGCGUCUUGCUCGUACUGGAAUUAUAGUCACUACUAGUGAAGCUAUAUUGCUGCAGCUGGUAGCUGAUAAAGAACAUCCAAAAUUCAAAGAAAUCCAAAAUCUCAUUAAGGCGAGUGCCCCUGAGUCAGGGCUCCUCUCCAAAGUUUAAAGAGGAUGUGAAGGAAGUGGAUCUCGCUGACAUCUUUAAGGAGGAAGGAAAGCUGUAAGCGCACAUCUGCAGCUUCUUUUACUCAAAGUUGGUAGACGUGUAAGAUGAAAAAUUGCCAUACUCAUUCUUGCCUCAGCAAAAUUGUGUGGUUAUACAUCUGCGUGCCAGUAUGUUCUGUUUAGUUACAGCUGUCAGAGGCUUUGGAUACCAUUGGACCCUUUGUUGUAAAAUUUCAUUCUUUAA